AUGCAUUCUUUAACCAGGUACGUGCCUUCACAAAAGGGCGCAAUCAUUAAUUGGUCUCACCUUGCAGAUUUGAAUUUGGCGGACGAGGACCCCAUGAGCGCGGAUUCUAUCGAUGUUAUUAUCGGAGCCGACUUGUACGGGCAACUCCUUCUGCCGGGAGUGAGAAAGGGUUCCGCGUAUACUCCCACUGCUCAGAAUACGGUGCUGGGAUGGAUACUCUCCGGUCCAGUACAAUCCUCCAUUCCCUCCUCCGUCGGUAUCCACCAUAUCUCUGUCCUGGAGGACCUCGACCAGGAUCUGCGGAGGUUCUGGGAAAUCGAGGCCCUCUCUUCUCCCGUUCUCAUGACGCCUGAAGAUAAAAAAUGCGAAUUACAUUUCAAAUCGACACACUACCGUGCAUCAAACGGACGCUAUAUAGUUCGAUUGCCUUUCAAAACCGAACCUCCAGUUAAAUUAGGAGAAUCGCGGCCUGGAGCACUACAAAGUUUCUGCGCGCUUGAAAGACGUUUAGCUCGCGACACAACCACACUUCGAAUGUAUCACGAAUUCCUUUCAGAAUACGCCUCUUUCGGUCAUAUGAAAAAAGCCGAUCUUCUUUCUCCAAUCACGAGAGAUUGUUAUUACAUACCGCAUCAUGCCGUCUUCCGCGAAAGCAGUGAAACUACUCGCCUUCGUGUGGUCUUUAAUGCUUCGCGCCGAUCGUCGAAUGGAAAGUCCUUAAACGAUCUUCUUCUAACCGGACCAAAACUCCAGCAGGAUCUUGUCGCCAUAUUAAUUCGAUGGCGUCAGUUUCAAUUCGUGUACACCGCGGACGUGGAGAAAAUGUAUCGCCAAAUUCUUAUCGACCCGCGAGACCUCGAUUACCAGAGAAUACUGUGGCGGGAUUCGCCAAUCCUACCAGUCGAGGAGCAUCAACUUCUCACGGUCACAUAUGGAACCGCUCCAGCUCCGUAUUUAGCUCUUCGCGUCUUGCAACAAUUAGCCGAGGACGAGGGCUCGCCCUAUCCCGAGGCGGUUUCCGUUCUUCGCGAACAAGCCUAUGUAGAUGACUUUCUCUUCGGAGGCGAUAGCCUCGAGUCCGCUCGCCAAUUGCGAGACCAAAUCAUUGAACUCUUAGGAAAAGGCGGCUUCUCGUUAAGAAAAUGGGCUAGCAAUAGCUCCGUGCUUCUGUCCGACAUCAACCCUCAAAACCACGGACUCGCGACGAGUAAAUCAUUAAAAGCCGACGAAAGCAUUUCCGUGCUCGGCAUUAUAUGGAAUCCAGCGUUAGACCAGUUUCACUUUAAAUUAGCAGUCCCCACCGAAAUGCCUAAGACAAAACGAACGAUUCUUUCUACCAUAGCAAAGCUCUUCGAUCCUUUAGGUUAG